AUGGGCGAGGCCGCCGAGACCGGAGCUUUUCAGCUCCUGGAACGACAUGGCGUCGGCGAGACUGUGCAGUGUCAGAGCUGGUGCCCGACGAUGGAUAUCCUUGUGCUCGCUUUUGAGGAUGGCUCGAUCGAGGCCCGCCGGCUGAGCUGGCAGCUGGCCUGGCAGGUUUCUCCCCCCGCCUUGGACGCCGCCGUCACGCACCUUGCCUGGUCCCCAUCAGGCAAACGCCUGCUGGUCCUGCAUGCUGAUGGGCACUGCCGCAUUUUCAAUGCUGAAAACGGACAACCUCUUAGCCACUUUGACGCUGGAGCCCCGCCAAGUGCGGUCUUCUGGGCUUCUACCUCUGCUGUGCACGCUCACACCUGUCCCGCCGACGCCUUCCCCGACAUUGACGAUAGUCAUCUCCCGGAGGGUCUUCCUGAAAAGCCCGUCUUCCACCAAGCCGAAGACUUUGAUGUCCUAUAUCUAGCCCUGAGAGACAACACCAUUGUGGCCUAUGGCUUGGGCCUGAUCGUUCUGGCACGGUGGCGCAUCCCAACGGAGUAUGGUGCCAUCUUGGAUCUACUUGUGCCGUCAAAGCACAAUGUGCUCUUUUGCGCGACCGCAAACGCCAUCGUGGCUUUGAGCCUAGCCAGCUUCAAUACGGCAUUGCCCUCCUUGGUGGAGCGUUUGCGUGUUGUGCAGUAUGCACAACACCUGGCUCGUGUGCGUGGCGUGCCCCCCCUGCUCUUGUGGAUGACUCUCUUGCCCCCAUCGGCUCGCCUUUGGUUGAUUGCAUCCAUCACGCCCUUUGCCGCGGCCUGCUGGCGCGAGGCCCAGGGCAGCAUGGGUACAGCGCCCAUCGGGCUCGAAAAGCACCUUACCCAGCUCGUCAAGCAAUGCGGUGGUGAUUUCGCCACCGUUCAACGUGCUUUCCUCUUCUUGCUCGGCGCUCACACGAGUCGCUCAUUGGAGGUGGAUGCCUGGGUGGCCACCAGCAUGGGUUCAAGAGCCGUUCAAACCAUGGCCUCUCACGUCAAUGCAACCGUCGAGCAACUUCGCGAGGUCUUUCCCACUUGGUUUCCCCGUUUGCCCCAUUUGCUUACCCUGAUAGGUGGGCAUGUCGUUUCUGCGGCAGCCAUGCCGUCGCAAUCCCAUGACCUGAUCACGCUCGCUCAUCCCACACAUCCCCGCCAGGACCAACGCGAUCAGCUUCGUACCCCACUCGUAGUCGUCGAAGCUCACGCCAACCAAGUCCAAGAGGUUCUGCGUUGCUCCGCCCAGCUGCAGGAGAACCACAAUCAACUUCUCUCGUUUUUCAAUGCCCGAAAUCGCGAGGGCCGCUCCGAGCCCCCGGCAGGUCUUCAACAAUCGCUUCCCGUGUACCGCGAGGAUGCGGUCCUCCGUGCGCUGCAAGAUCUCUGUUUUGAGCAGGGGCAGAUACAUCUAUCCCAGUUGGGACACGCGGUAUCAACGGUUGUGGGCGGGCCCAGUUGGAAAGACGUUCCUGGCUUUGGGGAUGAACCGGCAGUGACCAUGGCUCAGGACGUGGCCACAAGUGGGGCAACAACGCCUGCUGGCCGACUGGCACGCAUUCGGGCACGAGAGCUAACGGCUUCAGGCUGUGGGGGUGGCCAUGUGACGCACGAUACAGCAACGACGGCAGUGGAUCAAGGCCUCGAGCCCAUUGCCGCCGUGUUGGCUGCAAGUUUGGAGCAACAGUUUGCCGUUAGCGUCGACUCGGCACGCUUGCCCGAAUAUGAUGGGGUGGCGCUUGCUGUGUCCACUGCCGCGGCGAACACGAGCGGUUUGAUCAUUGCCCUGCGUUGUGGCGGUCGCCUUGUGAUGAUCGCGGCGGCGCACGAGCCCGCCACGGGUUUGCAGCUUUCUAUGCCCGACGCGAAUGAUGAAAUUGAAGGGGUACAGCGGAUGGUGGCCUAUAAGGAUGGGUUUGUGGUCUUGCAAACUCACGCCGGCAUGGACCAGUUGUGGUACGCUGCUGUGGAGUGGGCAGAGGUGACAGAGGCCGCGUCGGAUAUUUCAGUGACCAAAGGCGUCGCAUUGGAGAGUGCGACGUCGCUCGUCUCGGUCAGUCGGCGGCAUUUGGCCAGCGUGGUCUUGGCCGGUGGUCGUUCCGUGCAGUUGGUGGAUCUCGAUCCUGUCUUGGACGAUGACGAUGACGAUGACGAUGACGAUGACGAUGACGAGGACGAGGACGAGGAUGACAAUGACGAGGCAGGGGGGAUGGAGCAUAGCACCGCCCUCGACCGCGGCCCGCCCCGAUUCAUCUCUCCCUCGUAUGAGCCCAACGCCGCGCCGCUUAUGAAGCCCAGAGCUCACCGCCGCGCCUCUUAUGAGCAUCCAGAUAAUCGUCUGACAUUUGCACUUUUGCACACGUGA